CGUCUGUGACGGACGCCAGCGCGGCCACAGAGGCCGCAGACGAGACUGGUUGGAAGCUAGUCCUCGGAUCGCCGCUCGAGAGCUGGGCGAUCAUCGUGACGGACCUGCUGCGACUGGCGCUGCGCCGUACCAGGCGGCACUGCGAGGGCGAGGCUCUCAAGGCCAUCAAGGCUCGCGGCCGCGAGGCACUCGCCCAGGCGCAGCAGCAGCAGCAGCAAGUCAUCCAGCGGCUGGCAGCCCAGGCGGAGUCCGCCGAGGCCAGAGUGCAGGUGGCAGAGGCUAUGGCUCAGGAGGCCCGAGGUCAAGAGCAGCAGCAGCGAGCAGCCCAGCCUGGUGGCCCGCCGCAGGAGACAAACAGAUUGAUUGACACACGGGUCCUCGGCAAGCCUAGUGACUUCAACGGCGAGCCUGGGACCUGGCGUGACUGGAGUACGAUUUUCCGAGCCUGUGCCAGCGCGUGCGAGCCAGCCCUGAAGGAUGCCAUGGACAGGGCUGAGCAUGCCGACACGCCAGUGCUGAACGCGACGCUGCCCGACGACCAGGUGCGCCUCAGCAGCCAGACCCUGGUCACCUUCCACGAGCCUCAGAGCCGCACCCGGGCAGCAGGGUUCCUUCAGGAGCUGCUCUCGUGGGACUUCGAGGGUGACGUCCCCUCGAAGCUGAUUGCGUUCGACAGGAAUGUCAAGCGCUACGAGCAGGCUGUGGGUGCAGAGUUUCCCGAUGAGAUCAAGAUAGGCAUCCUGGUCCGCUCGCUCAAGGAGGGCCCGCUGCGCCACCACCUGCUCCUCAAACGCCAGCGGCUGAACACCUGGGAGCUCGUGAAGGCCGAGGUCGAGAACCUCAGGCGGGCCCAGAUUGCGACGACGGCGAGUGCUGGCACAGGCCCGACCCCGAUGGACAUCGACUCCCUGGCGCGACAGCUGGCAGCUCUCGGCUUCAAGGGUGGCAAGAAAAGCAAGGGCGGCAACGGCAAGGGCAGGAACGGCAAGGCCGGCAAAGGCAAGGGCGCCGACGACCUGCCGACCAAGCCGUGCCCGAUCUGUGGCAAGACAGGUCACUGGAAGCGAGACUGCCGGUGGAAUGCGACGGCUGCGUCAGGCAAGGCACCGCCGAAGGGCGGUGGAGGUCGAGGUCGUGACAAAGGCAAGGGUGAAGCCAAGGGUGGUGACGGACCGAAGCCGAAGCCAUGCUGGACUUGUGGUUCGACAGCGCAUCUGGCCAAGGACUGCCCGGUCGCCAAGAAGUCUGGCGCCCUGGGCGAGAUGGGCGAGCCUGAGCCUCCUGAGGGCUUGGGUGGCCUCUUCCUGGCGGCGCUCGACCUGUCGGCCAUGUCCUCGAGCUGCGAGACGGUGCGCUUCGGGAUCGACUCAGGCGCGGCGGUCACGGCGAUCUCGCGCGCGCUGGGGACCGACUACCCGAUCACGGGGAGGCCGUCGGGAGCGCAGUACCUCAGUGCGACGGGUGAGCCGAUCCCAGACGAGGGCCAGCGCAAGCUCAUGGUGCAGACCGGUGGUGCGCUGCGUAGUAUCAGGGCCCGUGUCACGGGCGUCAGGCGGCCGCUGUUCUCGGUCUUCGACCUCGUGAAGAGCGGCCACCGCGUGGUCUUCGAGCAGGACCAGCACGGCAACGACAUCAGCCACGCUGUCCACGUCGAGAGUGGCAAGACCGCCCGCUUCACGCGGAGGCAGCGCACCUGGGACCUGGACGUGAGCAUCAUGCCAGCGAAGGAGGUGAGCCAGAUGUCCCAGGCCCUCGUGAGGGAGCUGCCGCUCUGCUCGGUCGAGGGUUGCCGUGGCUGCAGCAAGCCGCAGUGGUACCUCAUGGAGUUGAUGAUGGACAAGUUGCGACCAUCGAGAGUCACCUCGGCGCAGCCGCAGGUGAUCCUGCCCCGCCAGUUGGAGCUGCCGUGGCAGGGGGCGACGGAGUUGGAAGUACAAUCGAGCUCGAGGGUGACGCCGAGAGCGCAUGCCACGCCUACGUUUGCAGUUGACUACGGAUACCUCGUGAAGCGGGAGGAGGUGGAGUCGGGCCAGUCCGUGCCCCCCAUCCUCGUCGGCAUCGACUCAGCCACCUCGCGGGUCAGCGCCGACGUCCUCCCGUCCAAGGGCAUGCAGCAUGAGUACAAUGUGGCCCGCGCCUUCUGCCAGGCGGAGGCGACCGGCCACCCGAAGAUCAUCUACAAGUCCGAUGGUGAGGGUGCCUUGGUGACGCUCAAGCGAGAGGCGACGAUCCGCCUCAGGAAUCUGAAGUUCGAGGCCGUGCCCGAGGAGGCGCCGGCCUACGACGGCGCCAGCAACGACCUGGCAGAGGUAGCAGUGAGGGAGGUCAAGGGCGCGUCACGGUCUCUGCGAGUCGCCCUGUCCCUGCUGCACGGCGCUGACAUCCCCAACGACUAUCCAGCGUUGACUUGGCUGGUUGCUCACGCUGCGGGGUGCAUCAAUCGUGGCAAGAUCGGCGCCGAUGGGCGGACGCCGCGCGAGAGGCACAAGGGCAAGGCCUUCCGCAAGGUGCUGCCGCCUUUCGGUGAGAUCAUCGCGUUCCUCCCGAGUGCGAGGCGCGACACCAAGUUCGAGGAGCGCUGGAAGAUUGGAGUCUUCCUGGGCGUCAUCGAGAAGUCGAGCGAGAUGCUCGUCGGCUACGACGGCAGGGUCGCACGCGCGCGGUCUAUCAGGAGGAGGCCGCCGAGUCAGCGGACUGAUGCAGCCCUGUUGCUUUCGAUCAGGGGCGCGCCAUGGACGCCGACCCCGGACAAGCCAGAGAACGCUCGCAUCCCGACGGCCAUUGACGAACCCCCCGUCGACCCCGCUGCACAGCAGCCGAGGGUUGUGCCAGAGCAGGUUCCAGCUGAGCCUCGGAACGUAUACAUUCGCAGGAACGUGGAGCUGGCCAAGUACGGUUUCACAGACGGGUGCCCGGGCUGCCUCGCGGCCCGCACCAACGCGCCAGCCAAGGCCCACAGCUCGGAGCGCCGUGAGCGCAUCCAGCAGGCCAUGGCGAACGACCCGGAGCUUGCCCCCCGAGUCUUCGGAGCGGCGGCUCGCCAGCUGGAGGCUGCCGACAGGGCGCCUGCGCGCCAGGAGGGCGCGAGCUCUGGGGCACUGCCUCAGGCAGCCAGCCCGGCUGAGGCGCCGAUGGAGAUCGAGCGACCUGGCCGACGAGCUGCUGAGCGUCGAGGCUCGCCCGCGGAGUUGCCUCAGGCAUCGAGGCGCCGCCUCGCGGCGCCAGGCGGUCCAGCACCCCUCGCGCCAGCGAUCAGCUUCGAGCAGCCGAGGACGCCCGCGCAGGCGCCAGCCACGCCUCAGGCGCAGGCUGCUUGGCCGAGCGGGCUCCUCCAGGCGCCGUCUGGAGCUGGGGACGCCAUGGGCGCGGACUCCCUGGAGCUCUGCGCGCUGCUGGCGGCUUUCGGCGACUGGAGGGUGGCCGUCAGCGAGCUGCGCGGACCAGGACGUUUCACAUCUCGGUCGAGUGCGUUCGACCUCGAGCCUGGCACAGCCCACGACAUCAGGACCGGCUACGACUUCAGCCAGGAGGGCGACAGGCAGCGGGCGCAGGCCACCAUCGAGCUGGAGCAGCCACUGCUGAUCACUGGCAGCCCGAUGUGCGCGCCGUGGUCGAACCUGCAGGCCCUCAACGUCAUCCAGGGUGUGGACGUCAACGCCAUCAUGGAGCGAGGCGUUGUCCACCUGGUCUUCUGUGCCGAGUGCUACAAAGAGCAGAUCAAGGCUGGCCGCCUCUUCUUGCACGAGCAGCCAGCAUCAUCGAGGAGUUGGCGUCUCUGGGUGAUCCGAGAGAUCGCCGAGAUGCCAGGAGUACACUACGUAGAGUGCGAUCAAUGUGCGUAUGGGUUGUGGUGCACCGAUGCUGUCGGCCCAGCGCUGGUCAAGAAGCCCACGGGAUGGUUGACCAACUCCGCCGAGAUAGCCCGAGAGCUGACGCGUCGGUGUCCUGGGUGUGCUAGACAUUGCCAGACGGUCGGCUUAGGUCGGCGUGGCAUGCGCAUCAUCGAGCGGCACCCACCGAAGCUUGUGGCUGCGGUGCUGCGUGGGCUGCGUCGUGAGGCGAUUGCUCGCGGCCAGCUGGGUGCGCUGGAGGCCGGGCCGCACUUGGACGAGCCACCGAUCUGGGACGCCUACCCCGAGUACUACACGGAGAUCGUCGACAACAUCAGCGGGGCCGUUCUGGACCCCGAGCUCGUGGCAGCUGGCCGCAAGGAGGAGAUGGAGUUUCUCCGCGGCCUCGGCGCCUACGUGUACGACACCAAGCAGCGCUGCCGCGAGGAGACCGGGCGCGACCCGGUGCCCAUAAUCUGGGUGGACGUCAACAAGGGUGACGACCGCAAGCCCAACGUCCGCUGCAGACUGUGCGUGGCGGAGACACGCUGCCGCACGAGCAUGGACCUGGGGGGCCCUUCGCAGACGUUCAGUGCGACACCCCCGUAUGAGGCUCUCAGGAUGCUGAUUUCCUUCUGCUGCUCGCCCAGGAACGCCGAGGAGGACCAGCACGUCCUCAUGUUCCUGGACAUCACUAGAGCUCACCCGCACUGCGAGAUGAAGCGGAAGCUGUGGGUGAAGCUUCCUGCGGAGGAUCCUCGCUCAGCUGACCCCAGCGUGUGUGGGCUGCUGGUCAGGUGCCUCUACGGUUGCCGCGACGCGGGCCAGACCUUCGAGCUGUUGGUCCGUGAGACGCUGGAGGGCAAGAUGGGCGACGGCGAGCUCGUGGCCUGCGUCUACGGCGACAACUUCGUGCUGAAGGGCUCCCGCACCGACAGCCUGGAUUCCUACCGCGAGCUGCAGAAGUACAUGUGGGUCAAGUUCGAGGGCAUGUUGGGACCCAACAAGAGUGCUGGUGAUGUUCAGGAGGUGGUCUGUCUGAACCGCGUCUUCCGCUGGACCUGGAGAGGUGAUGUGGAGCUCGAGGCUGACUCCCGCCACGCGCUCAUCAUGAUGCAGCAGCUGAACCUCUGGCGCGGGUCGAAGGCCCUCUCGACGCCAGGAGUAAAGGCCAAGAGCGCGGACCGCGGCAGGGUCCUGGAGGGCGAGGAGGCGACUCGCUACCGCAGCCUGGUCAUGCGAGCCAGCUAUCUCAGCGAGGACCGCCCGGACAUCAAGUACGCAGUCGUGGAAGCAGCGAAGUACAUGCACGAGCCGUGUGAGCACGGCAUGGAGCUAGUCAAGAGGAUUGCCAGGUAUCUCCUGGGCCGUCCGAGGCUGGUUCAGAGAUUCCGACGCCAGCGAUGGUCAGGUGUGCUCAAGGGCUUCUCGGACAGCGACUUCGCCGGCUGCCUAGAGACCAGGAAGAGUACGAGCUGCGGAGUCUUCCAGCUGGGAGGUCACAUGAUUCGGGUCUUCAGUGCGACCCAAAGCAGUGAGGCUCUCAGCUCCGGUGAGGCCGAGUGGCACGCUCUAGUGCACACGGCGUCCUGCGGGAUGGGCCUGGUCUCGUUGGCGCGCGACAUGGGAUACGAGCUGGAGCUAUGUUUGGCUGGCGACGCCACGGCCGCCAGUGGGAUCGCGCACCGCCGAGGGGCAGGGCGCAUCCGACACAUCGAGACAAAGACUUUCUGGCUCCAGCGUCAUGUAACCGAACGUCGAGUCAUCCUUUCCACGACGCUCGGUAAAGUCAAUAUGGCAGAUCUCGGUACGAAGCAUCUGGCGCAAAAGGAGCUGGAUGAGAUGCUGGGACUGCUGGGAUAUUUCGUGGCUACGGGCAAGUCUGACCUCUCUCUCGCGGUCGCAGGCAACUUGCUUGAGCCUGACCUAGCUUGCGAGCCCGAGGGCAAAGAAGAGGUGCAGGCGUGA